GUUGUCUUGUUGGUAUUUAUCUGUAGCUGAAGUAAUUUUUUGUGUUCAUCUUUAUAUGUUCUCUACACUGCAACUUGCAGUCUACAAGUAAUGUUGAUAAUUUGUGUUUGAAAAAUUCGAGGAUGUUUCCAUCCGAGGAAAUUCUGUUCGAGCAAACUUUAUUCGAGGAAAUGAUUUUCAAGACCAUCGCUUUCGAGGAGAUUUCAUUCGAGCAAAUUUCUCCCAGUCAGUCUCGCGUCUUACAGAGCCGAUUUUAAUUGUAUGAUGCAAGGUCCAACUAUCAAGAGCAGAUCCGCAUGUUAACUCAAAAUGGUAACUUUACUAGAUAAGUAGUUGCCCAGCGCUUCAAGUGCUCGAAGAGGAAGAUAUGACUGGUACUUGCCAGAUACCUAGAAACUACCUGAAACACUUGCAGACAAUUUCCAAGUACUUGAAUCAUAUAACUUGCGAGUGUACUUCCUUAAGUACUUGUCAAGCUAAUCAAGUACUUGUAUCCCUUAAAUCACUUGAUAAGUGCCCUUUUUACUUUCAAAAAACCCCAGGUACUCUGGACAUUACUUACAUAAAUACUUGUCUAAGUACCUGAUCUCAAGUAGGGAUUUCUAACGCAUGCAAAAGCAUUCACCGCCAAUUCGUCAGAAUUGGGUAAAAACAAACAAGAAGACCGCUUUCUUAGAUCACAAGCUUUGAUUUAGCUUUGAGAUGAAUAAAUUCCUUAACUUUGUUCACGUUCACAGCACUCCUAGCCAUUCCUGUCACCCCGCGGAGCGCGCUUCUUCCCAUUUGGCUUAGACUUUUCUUUAUAAAAUCGAUUUCUGCUGCAUUCUCAUUUUAUAUUCUGUUCUCCUUUGUAGUCCCUACUUUGCUCUGUUUUAUUUCACUACCUUAAGAAAGAAUCAGCCCGAUUGGCUAUAAUCGUUUUAUAGCCAGCUUGGAUAUAUAUUUUAUUACGUAAGAAAUGUUUCGUUAAGAUACGUGAUCGUGAAAGACUACUGUAAAAUUUCACGUCUUAUGUCAACCACCACACGGAGAAAAGGAAACCGUGAAACUCAUGACGGUUUUUACACGCGGUAUCUCGCAGUCAGUUUGACACAGUUUUUUUUCAUGAUUUUAGUUGUUCAUGCUUUUGUCUUCUACGGUUCCUAUACGACAGUUUUUCUUUGACGGUUUUUAAAACUGUUAGAAAAACCGUCUAGGUAAAACUGUGCAAGGAAAACCGUCUACUUUGAAAGAGAAGAAACAAACGAACAGCUCCAUGAAUCGAACCUGGGAUGCUUGGUGAGUAUGAAUUAUGAGACCAAGACACAAACCGCUGAACUGAGGAACUUACAGAAGUAUGUUUUCGCACUGCAUACUCAUCAUGUUCUCAGAUAGACUUUUGUAAAAACUUUAAUACCUUACGAAAAGCUGUUGUUGUUGAAUUUGUAAAGCUCCUCGCUAAAGUAUAUGUAUUUGAAACACAAAAGAGAAACGCGAACUGUAUAAGUGUGUCCAUAUAUCAUAUGAUACCUUUAGGUGUAUUCUAUGACGAAUGUCUACAAGCAUAUGGUUAGGAGAAGAUAUUCACGGUGAAUAUCUUCUCCUAGUCUUAGAAGGUAGAGGAGGAGAAUAUAGUGACUAUACUCUUCUCCUCUACCUUCUAAGACUAUAGGUAUCAGAACGAUUACAAGAUAAUCUCAGCUUCAAAAAAAAGAAUUUAUAAAACGAGAAAGUUCACAAAACAGGCAUAUUUUGCAGAAACAUGCGUUGGAAGACGGCCCAAGUGCCAGUUUUACUCUCUGAUCUACCUAGCUAUGCUCUGUAUUGAACAAUCCUGAGUGUGAGAUAGAUUUGUUGAAAAGCCCAAACUCACUCUGUUAAACUAACGUUAGUUGACUAGGAAGACUUUUUGACGUGCCAGCGACUGAAACUGCAUAUGUUUUGAUGAAUUUUGAAGCUUCGAUAAAACUGUUAACUAAAAAGCAUGAAAAUGCUUUCACGGUUUUCCUCUUCACGCUUUUAUUUUCAUUGUUUUUCUUUGACAAACUGUCAGUUCAUGAUUUUAUUUCUACAGUUUUGACCUUUACGCUAUUAUUUCAUGGUUUUAAUUAUACAAUUCUUAAACUGACGAUUUUUUUCUUCGAUGGUUCGAGAGUGGACAGCUUUGUUCCUAUGACUUUAACCUUUACGGUUUUACUUGCAUAGUUUUUCUUUUAUACUUUUGCAUUUUACGGUUUUAAUAAUGUAGUUUUAUACUUCAUGGUUCUUCUACAUGGUUUUCUUUCGAUGGUUAUUGAUUUUACGGUUUUCGUUACGGUUCGUUUUUAUUCGCCGUGCAGAGUCGUGCCAUAAGGAAGAAAAUUAUAGUUAAGGUUAGUACGCAUCUGGUGCGUAACAUAACAUCAAGGACAACAAACUUCGACAAAGAAAUGACGGAUUAAACCAAUCAGAUAACGAGAAAUAUUGAAGUUUUAAUGACUAUUUCUUCAUGGUCAUGUAUCUUAACCGAAAUGUCUGUCGUUUGUUAAAAAUUGUUGUGAAAACUUUUGUUUUCUUUCGUUUCUUACGAACUCUUUUUGUGUUCUUUCGUAUAUAUUCGUCCUCCAUAACUUAUAUAUAUAUAAUAUGAGACCACGAAAGAACGAAAGCGAAAUUAUUUCGACUAUUACUUCUUUCGGCCCAUCACUACCUUGCAAAAUAUAAAGUGAAUAUUGUUUUAAUCACAUAUGUUCCACCUCAGGUAACAGGUAGCGAAAGACAGUAUGUUAAAUUAAAAGGCUAUUAUAAAGAAAACACUCUCACUACCUUUGUUACAUGUGUCUUUCUUACUUACUAUUUAUACUAGCAAUUUUCGCUCGUUGAACAGUCGAAAUAAUGUGAUGGGUUUAUUACUCUUUCUUUUUGCUGUUCUAUACUUAUUCGAUGGAAAUUCUUUUCUUUUUCUUCGUUUCUUUUUUACAAAUAAAGCUUAUACUACAGAAAACAAAUUUUUUCUAUUCACAUCAUUUUCCCCUCGUUUGUUAUAUUUCUUCUAAAAAUAUUAUUGAUUUUUUCGGUCGCUCCAUUAAACUAUAGAAAUUGCUAUGUGCUGAAAGACAAAACUCUAUUAGAAAAAAUGAUUUUCUUUUUCUUUGUGUCAAUCGAGAGUGUGCAUCAAUACAUUUGCCACAUUUCUGAAAGGUACUUUGACCUGGAAGCAGCAACCUUUUUUUCAUAUAAAUUAUAAAUGAAAAUAAUAAAAUUUCAAAAUAUUUUCUAUUUCAGCUGACAUAUUAACAGCUUGUAACAGAAAGUAAGAACCUAUUUUGGAAACUGGACAAUCGAUUUCUAUGUCUGUUCUAUGGCUAGUGUUCUAAUAAAGUCAGUAUGUGCUAUAAAUACUUUCAGAGAAAGAAAAAAUAUAGUUAAAGAAACAUUACUUCAUACGCCAUACGUAAUAAGAUAAUGAAAGAAAAACAAUACAUACAGCUACAGACAUAAGAGAAAGAAAAAAUGUAGGAUGAAAACAGAGGAUAUGGAAUGAUUUAUUCUCAUCGUUAAUACUAUAUCUAUAGAAAUACAAGUUUUUUAUCAUUUACAUGAGAAAUCAGUUCGAUCUAAGUGGUGGAUGAUUGCGUGUUCCCUUGAGAUCUUUCGUGAAGUUUUGUGCAUGAAAAAAUUAAAUUAUUGAAAAUAAUAAAGUUAAUUAAUAAAUAUUAAUUUUAAUAAAAUUAUUAAAAUACAAAUAAAGCUGGUGAGCGGUAGUAGUAGAAGAUUUGAGGCAUAUUUGUAGUUUUUCGCUCUCUGGAAUUUUUCUGGAGAAAUAGAAGCUAGGAAUAGUACAUCCGCUCUUCAAAGAUGGUGAUACUUCUCUUCUGAUGAAGUACAGGCCAAUCACGCUGCUACCUGCUAUAUCUAAACCCUAAAACGCUUAGUUUAUAAUCGACUUUACGGACAUUUGAAAAAACAUCUUCUACUCUCACCAUUUCAAGCAGAUUUUAUUCAACGAGAUUCGGUGAUCAAUCAGUUAGUAGAUCUAGUGCAUGAAAUAGGGAAGACUUUAGACUCUGACAAAUUUACAGUGGCAGUCUUCCUAGAUUUCGCAAAAGCUUUCGAUAAAGUUUGACACGUCGGGCUUUUGCAUAAAUUAGAACAAAAGGGCGUUAGUCCUGUUGUAUUAAAAUGGUUUGAAAGUUAUUUGACCGACAGAAAAUGCGUGACCAUUGCAUAUGGGCAAUCCUCUGCAUCGCUUUCUGUUAACCGCGGAGUUCCGCAAGAGGGUGCCUCUUACUAUUACUACUACUAUCGCUUGAAAAAAGUUUUGCUGGCAAUAAACGUUAAUUUUUUCCCUUGGUAUAAGUGGCCCAGAUUCAAAGAUAUCGAAAGGAAAUACAAUUUGACUUUUAGUCAAAUGUGAGUUGGUUUCUUUGGCUCGGCUUUUUCAUCUUUCUAAGAAAAAGUUAGUCAGUAGAUCACUUUGUAUUUGUAGUGAGAGUGAGACAAUAAAGUAUUUCUUUUUUGGAUUGUCUAAAUUUCAAGCAUUUUCGAAGCGCCUUUCAAAACGACUGGAUUGCUCUGACAAACGUUAACUCUUUUACUCUAGAACACAUUCUCUUUCUAUAACCUUUAACAUCUUUAAACGUUAGUGAAAUUUGUAAACUGUACAAUAGUGUAAUAACUUAUAUCGUUUUUCUUCUCAUUUCUUUUUUUCUCGCUUUUUUUUCUUACUUGUUUUUUUGCGGUGUUUCAGUAUCUCACCUUUCUUAUGUGGAUAGUCAAAGAACAAUCUAAUGUGGUCCCUAGACCGCGAUUUUAAUCUCUGUACUGUUCUUCUCUUUCUUACUAAAUAAAGUUUAUAUCAACUUAUAUCAAAGUCACACAACUUCUAUUUUUCUCCUCGUAUGCCUAUUUUUUUAUUCUUUAUUUUUUGUCUUUGCUUGUCUUUUAUGUUUUCCUUGCCUCUUUAUUUAAGAGAGAAAACGAGAAAACGAGAACCUGUGUAACUGGGUCAAAUUCGAAGUUUAGUUCGAAAGUGUCAAAAUCGCACUUUUCAGGUGGUACUCAGUAUUUUGAAGAUUUCUUCCCUAAAACUUGAUCGAAAGUGAAUAAAAAGGUAAUAUUCGGAAUCUACGUUUCACGAGCUAUCCAACCAUGUAUAUUUAAAGAAAACCUAUUUUUGUGUGUACCUGUCGAAUUUCCGGCACGUUAUAUGUAUUUUUUUGUCCUGUCCUGACCUUUGUCCGCAGUCAGUGAUGUAAAGAGACAAUGGGUUCCCCUCCUUCUUCUCAUUAUUGUACCAAACUUUUCUAACAUUGUCUUUUCAAUAAAGCUUAUAACAACGGUACUACUUCUUUAGUCUAAGAUUUUAAGAAAAAAUUUUCUUGGUUUCUUUUUUAGUCUGCAAUUUUAAAAAUUUUCCAGACUUUCAGCUGCAAAUAUCAUGAUUCUUAUUCUUUUAGAUGGGAAAAGAUACUACCAAAGAAGGUGGAGGCGCUGAUGAUACCCACAGUGGUAAUGUAGGCGUAUACCAGAUCACUGUCGAUCAACUACAAGAAUUGAUGGAACUACAUGGCAAGGAGUUGAUUGAAAAAUUGAAUGCCUCUUAUGGUGGCAUGAAAGGUUUGCUAGAAAAAUUAAAAGUGGAUGGUCAAAAAGGAUUACAGUCAGAUAACAAACAGGAUUUAGAAAAACGUCGACAAAUUUUUGGAAAAAAUGAAAUACCACCAAAACCAAUGAGAAGUUUUCUAUAUUUGUGUUGCCAAGCGCUUCUUGAUAAGAAGUUAAUCAUUUUACUCAUUUGUGCCGUUGUAUCGAUCGGUUUUUCUUGGCUUGUAUCUGUAGCCAUUCUGGCUGUUGUUCUAGUAGUUAUUUUCGUCACGGGCUUAGUUGACUGGCGAAGAGAACGUCAUUUUCGUGUAAUGCAGUCAAAAUUUGACAAAGAUCUAGUAACAUCAGUUGUGAGAGAUAACAAAAUACAACAAAUACCCAUUCAAGAACUUGUGGUGGGAGAUCUCUGUUUCAUCAAGUAUGGUGAUCUUUUACCAGCUGAUGGCCUCAUCGUACAAGCAAGCGACUUGCAAACCGAUGAAUCAUCGCUAACAGGCGAAACAGAUUUAAUCAAGAAGAACGAUAAAGAAAACAUCGAGCUAUUCUCAGGUACUAGUGUGAUGGAAGGAUCUGGACGAAUGGUUGUUGUUGGCGUGGGACUGAAUUCACAAGCAGGACGUAUCGUGACACUAUUAAGAGGGGAUUCCACCGCUAACGAAAAUAAAGCGGGAGAAGUGGUAGAAAAAGAGGAGUCAAAGGAUAAACAUGAUAUUGAUACUGGAACUAAAGACGAUAAGUCAUACUCAUCACUACUGUCACAAAGAAGACCGAGUCCCUCAGUGAAUGGUGCAGUCGGUCGUUUAACUAGUACUGCCGGUAUGAUGGGAACAUCGAAUGCAUUUUCCAAUCUAUUAUUCAGGAGAAGUGUACAAAAACUACAAACAGAAAAGAAAGAAUCGUUGACACCCCACAGUCCAUGUGGACCGACACAAUCAACUGGUUGA